CCGCGAUCGCCUUGACGCCGAGCGCCAAUACAGACGCAGAAGCAGACACCGGGCUGGAAGCAGCGCUGGAAGCAGAGGCAGAGCAGAAGCAAAAGAAGAAGACGAAGAAAAGUAAAAGUAGAGGCAGAGGUAGAACCUGUAGAUCGAUCGAGCCUCCCAUAUUCCUAGCCACACGCACACAGAUUCCGAGACUCGAGCAUCGGCCAUGGCGGACACCCACCACGACAAGCCCGAGCAGGACAGCAGCGACUCGCUCUGGAGGAGUCUUAUACCCUGCUCAGGGACGACCCUGGCGCUGCUCGGCACGGCGGCGUUUUGCCUCCCGUCGCUAUCGUCAACGUACUUCAAGUCCUUUGGCAUGAGCCAGCCGCCACUCGAUCGAACCUUUGUCCUGCGGAACUUUUUCUUCGUCUACGAAGCCCAGCCCCGCUUCCGCCUGCUCUCACCCAGCCACUCUUGGAUCACCCACAUGUUCCAUCACCACGACAUCUUCCAUUUCGUCGGCAACAUGUACGCCGUCUUCUCGUCGGGAUGGUUCCUCGAUCUGGGCUUUCUCCCAACGCUGUCGCUCUUCCUGGGUGGCGGAAUAGCCGGUGCUGCCACCCACAUCCUGGAAUGGGCCGUGCUCAAGCGAACAGACCGACCGAUGCUCGACUCCUUGCACCAAGUCGCCAGAGAGAUCUCGGGAUACGGCCACCCAUCCAUCCCGUCGCUCUCGACCGAAGUUGAGAUCAUGGACUGGGUGCGUCGCCAGCUCAAGACCGCCAAGGAAGCCGUCACCGCUCCGCUACGAGGACGCACGUUUGCGCUGUGUGGCGCCAGCGCCGGUGCCUAUGCGCUGAUGGGUGCAGAGCUGUGCUCGAUCAUCUCGGAUCUGCGGCGUUGCUACCGCCGAUACAAGCAAGCGCCUCGAGGAUCGUACAGCCGCGAUGUACACCGAUCCAAGCUCUGGACCCUCAUCGGCAUAGCCAUCGGUCGGAUCGUGGCUCUGAUUCCUCAGAUCCUGGCUGUGCUAGAAACCGGGAACUCUGGCAGCUUCGGCAUCUGGGGCUUCCAGACGCAAGCCGACAUGGUCGGCUUCUCGGCACAUCUCGGCGGGUUUGCCUUUGGAGUCGCUUGGAUGUACGUGUGGAAGGCGCUCUAAAGGCCACAUCACCAUUCUGAUCCACAGACGGGUGAUAUGUAUGGAGCAUCCACAAGCGCUCUGGAACUUGAAAGUGUCUCCCAUCGCCCCAGCGAGCCGUCACCACGGAGCGCUCAAGGCUCAGGGGAUCCUGCAUCAGAUCAGCACAGUUCCUGGGCAGACCUUGACGGUUGGAUACGACAACUACUGGCAUAUCGGCUGCAGCUCGCGGCACACCCGCAGCUGCCGCCGAAAGCCUGUGGCCGAUGCAACAUGUAUCUUUGCAGCUUGCGUGCUGCGAAUAUUUCAAGAAAGCAACAUGACAAGCACUGUUUUUUCCCUUGA